AUGGCCGAGGGCCGUCACACGCUCGUGAUGGAGCUCAUCGCGCUUCAUCCGCGGGAGUACGCGCUCGUCAACUCUCGCGUGCUUGCGCUUUCGGCGGUGAUCACCUCCGCGCUCGUCGCCCACUGCGUCACGCUUCUCAACGACAGCAGCGUCGAGCCGGCGACGCCGGCGACGCCGUGGCUGCGUGCGGCGUGCAUGGUCCGCGUGCUCGCGGCGCUGCCGCGCCCCUUCGCCUGGUACCGCAUCUAUGUGCUGCACGCCGCGGCGCUCAAGCAGCCCGAGGUGCUGCGCGUGGCACACCGCUGCCUCGCCGCGCUGGAGGACCCGUUCGUGCGGCUCAACAAUCGGCUGCGCACAGCGUACGUCACCUGGCUGGUCGCGAUGCUCAUCUGGCUCCUCUACUGCUGCAUGCCGCACGGCGUUUUGCCCUGGCUCGCCAGCGCGCCCGAGCGCAAAUUUUCGCCGUUUGAGAAGCGGCUGCAGUGGCACGUGCUGUGCUGCCUCGCGGCGAUGCUGCUCACCAACCUGGGCUCGGCGGCGCUGAUGCUCCUCCUCAUCUCGCACGGCGACCACGAGCGCGUCGAGGCCUCGCAGCGCCUCGACAAGGCUGCGCCGGCGCAGGAGGUGAGUAGGGGCAUGGAGGCGCGGCUCAGCGAGGACCCGUGCAUCAUCUGCUUUGGCGACCUGGCCGCAGGCGCCUACCCCCCCCCCUAG